GGCAGGUUGAUUCGGCUACGCAUCAUCAGGGGGAAAGAUUCUGUCUUAAGCCGUUUGUAGUUUGAGGAACUUUGGGAGUCGGGAAGUCUCGGCGGACUAAGGGGAGCGCAAACCCGACGGCGGCUCGCAUCGUACGUGCCGGGGCGGCAUUAUUUCGCAAACGGCGAAUUAUUUAACUUUAAUGGUGCCCGCUUAUUACAUUGGAUUGGACCCACAUGCUCGUCCGCUAAGACAGACAGGAUCACAGCAUGGACUGGGAGCAAAGUUACUUUUCAAAGGGACCGAGCCUCUGCUUACAUAAUGCACACCAGGGUCGGGUUUCCCCUAUGUUUUAUUAAAAAGUAUAAACUUUUCCGUCUGCCAUAGGCUUUUGCGUCUGUUCCACAAAAACUGCUUGGCUUGUGAUCGGGAGGCGAUGGCUGCAUUUCGUCAGUGUAAGUCAGUAUCGGAUGUCUUGUUGCAAGUCGUGAUUUCAAGCCCAUUUUAAGUGGGUCUGACCAGCCGAUCUGCGGCAGCGGUCGAAGGACACAUUGCGAUCAUCUAGAAACAUCCCGAUCAUCUUACGCCUGCUUCUGAAUCAGGAUAUAUUACGCCGCAAUAACAAGUCUCAUCCCGAAUACAGUUUCCCCCCAUUUUUUUAAAGUUCUACAGCUUCAGUGUUCAUUGUUGAAAGUAAGUGAGGUGGAGGAGUUGGAUGGCUCAGUGCUGAUGUGCUGCCUGUCUGGGCAUCAGACUCCCCCCCCGCAGCAGUAGCGCCCCCUGCAGGAUGUCAGUGCCGUGGAGUUUGCUGUACCUGUGGGCUGUGAUGGCUCACAUGUCCCAGGCCAGACCAGGCCUCACCGACCACGUCCCCCAUGAGCUGCCCCCCGAUGCGGAGCAGUACACUUUGUACCCUGGGGAUCAUUUAGUACUGCGCUGCCCUGCUGUGGAGGAGGAGGAGGGGGAGGGGGCAGUGGCUGUGAUGACGUCAGCAGUCGGCUGGACAAAGGACCAGGUGGCCAUUCGUGAUGGGGAUCACACUCGCUUGCGGAAUGGCCGGCUGGAGAUCGAGGGGGUGGAGCCAGCUGACUCUGGGAUGUACGGCUGCCUUGCCAUAGGGCCUUGGGGAAAUGGCAGUGCCCUGUUUGCUGUCAACGUCUCAGUGGACCACCUGGCCUCCUCUGAAGAUGAGGAUGAUGAUGAAUCCUCCUCAGAAGAGAACAAGCUUCUCAGUACUCAGAAGCUUCCACCUAUGGCUCCACAGUGGGCCCAGCCAGAGAGGAUGGAGAAGAAGCUGCAGGUGGUUCCUGCCAGCAAAACGGUCAGGUUCCGAUGUCAGGCAAGCGGCAACCCCAACCCCAUGCUCAAGUGGUUCAAGAAUGGCAAGGAGUUUAAGAGGGACCAGCGCAUUGGUGGUUUCAAGGUUCGUGACCACAUGUGGACCAUAAUUAUGGAAUCUGUCGUGCCUUCAGACAAAGGGAACUACACCUGCGUGGUGGAAAACAAGUACGGCAGCAUCAACUAUACCUACCAACUGGAUGUCGUUGAACGUUCGCCACAUAGACCCAUCUUGCAGGCCGGACUACCAGCCAACCGAACUGUUGUGGUGGGCAGUGAUGUGGAAUUUGAGUGCAAGGUUUUCAGCGACGCCCAGCCACACAUCCAAUGGCUGAAGCACAUCAAGGUGAAUGGCAGCCGACUGGGGCCGGACGGCCAGCCCUACGUACGUGUGCUGAAGCAUUCGGGGGUCAGUAGCUCGGACACCCAGGUGCUGACGCUCUACAAUGUGACAGAGGAGGAAAGUGGGGAGUAUGUUUGCAAAGUGUCCAAUUAUAUAGGAGAGGCCAGUCAGUCGGGCUGGCUGACCGUCAUCCAGAAGGGGGCUCAAGCCAAGCCACCAUCUCCAGUGCCCAGCCAGACCUACCUGGAGGUGCUCAUCUACUGCGUGGGCUUCUUCCUUAUCUCCGUCAUGGUGGCCAUCACUGCAAUUUUCAAGAUGCGCAGCGCUUCCAAGAAGAGCGCCUUUGGUGACCAGCUGGCUGUGCAGAAACUGGCAAAGAGCAUCCCCCUGCACAGACAGGUAUCCGUGGACUCCAGCUCCUCUCUCCAUUCAGCGGCUAUGCUUGUGCGUCCAUCACGUGUCUCCUCCAGUGGCACUCCAAUGCUCUCGGGGGUGUCGGAAUACGAGUUACCCCAGGACCCACGCUGGGAGGUCCCUAGGGAGAGGCUGGCCCUGGGGAAGCCCCUCGGAGAAGGCUGCUUCGGGCAGGUAGUCAUGGGAAAGGCCAUUGGUCUGGACCGGGAGAAGCCCAACUGCGUGACCAAGGUGGCAGUCAAGAUGCUGAAACCCGAUGCUACUGAGAAGGACCUGUCAGACCUGAUCUCAGAAAUGGAGAUGAUGAAGAUCAUUGGCAAGCAUAAGAAUAUCAUCAACUUGCUUGGGGCCUGUACCCAAGACGGGCCCUUUUAUGUGAUCGUGGAGUAUGCAUCAAAGGGCAACCUACGUGAGUACCUGCGUGCACGGCGCCCCCUAGGCAUGGAGUACUGCUACAAUUCAGACCAGGUGCCUGUGGAGGACAUGUCCAUCAAAGACUUGGUCUCCUGUGCCUACCAGGUGGCACGAGGCAUGGAGUAUCUAGCCUCGAAAAAGUGUAUCCACAGGGACCUGGCCGCUCGCAACGUCUUGGUGACAGAGGACAAUGUCAUGAAGAUCGCUGACUUUGGCCUUGCCCGAGACAUUCAUCACAUUGACUACUACAAGAAGACCACUAAUGGCCGCCUUCCGGUAAAGUGGAUGGCGCCAGAAGCCCUAUUUGACCGGAUCUACACACACCAGAGCGAUGUGUGGUCAUUUGGGGUUCUCCUGUGGGAGAUCUUCACACUGGGUGGCUCACCCUACCCAGGAGUUCCUGUGGAGGAACUCUUCAAGCUGCUGAGGGAGGGGCACCGCAUGGACCGGCCGUCCACCUGCACUACAGAGCUGUACAUGAUGAUGAGAGACUGCUGGCAUGCCGUGCCCAGCCAGAGGCCAACGUUCCAGCAGCUAGUGGAGGACCUGGACCGUGCGCUCACUAUGAUGUCCCACCAGGAGUACUUGGACCUCUCUAAACCCCUGGACCACUACUUUCCAAUCUGCCCAGACACCCAGAGUUCCACCUGCUCCCUGGAAGCCGAUUCUGCGUUCUCCCGUGAUGCUGCCGCUGUGGGGCCGCGCCUGCCCGCGUUAUUAUCACAGACCGCUGGGCAGGCCUUCCACAGGCCCUGAUAGGCCUGUCGUGUGCCGUGCGCCUGCCUCUCUUUGUGUCGGCACAACCGUUGCUCAUUCUGUGCCUGGAGAACAGCAGCCUAUGGUGUUAUGGUGAGCCGUGAUGCUUUGGCAACAGACAGACUUUACCAGAGACUGUGUUGUACCCUAUUGGUCUAUAACACUCUACUACAAGGAAUGGACUUUUGACAGGGAAGAAGAAAAUUCGACGAUGGCUUCCUUUUGGCAUUGGUUUUUCUAUUUUCAUUCAGGAUAAAUAAAAAUUAUUAAUGUGGCUUUGCAGAAUAUGACCGAGCAGCAUACAUUAUUUUGUAAAUAUAGUUAGAAUUGUAGCAAUUUAUGUAUAUAUAUUUACACCCUAUACCUAGGACACUUUAUGAAAAGUGGCUCACCUUCUUCAAACUGUCAUAACGAUGUUCCUUUUGAUAGCUUCUGUGAUCUAACAGAUGUAUUAAUCACCUUCCCCUCAUUUUCUUUCCCUUUAACUUGCUCUCAGUAUCAGCUGACAUUUGCUUCACCAGCAAAAGGAAAUCUUGCUGCCAAAGUGGAGCGUACACUUUGAUACGCUUUGAGGGGGGAGCCUGGCUGCCUUGGGGGGGGGGGGCAGAGCUAAUUAGCGUUUGUUCACAUCACUCGUCCAUCCUUUGGAUCUGCCUUCUUAUUCCUCUGAAUGAAACUUUUUUUUUUUUCCGUGAGGCUUGACCACGCUCCAUCAUCCCUUCCUCCAGUUUAGCCUGUCCUGCACCCUAUCCCUACGUUCCAUGGUUCGGUCCAUCAUCCCUUCCUCCGGUUUAGCCUGUCCUGCACCCUAUCCCUACGUUCCAUGGUUCGGUCCAUCAUCCCUUCCUCCGGUUUAGCCUGUCCUGCACCCUGUCCCUACGUUCCAUGGUUCUGCACCAUCUGAACCACGCUGGUUUUAUAGAAAGCUUGUAAAAGAACCACUUGGAAAUACAUGAUUCUCUGUGUCUCGCUGCUGAAAUGGUUAGUUACUCUGAGCGGACAGGGGGUGGAAGGGGUGGGGGCAGCGUCUCCACCCACCACAGCCCCCCCCCCCCUUUUUAUUCGGCUUGGACAGCAUGCAAAGCAAGUUCUGACAUUAAAAAAGAAAAUGAAAAUAAGAA